AGUUUCAUUGAGUUGGAGAGACUGGACCUAAAUGGCACAGUAUGACUUUGCUCCAGCCUGGCUUAAUUUUCCCACUCCGCCAUCAUCAACAAAGUCCUCAUUGAAUUUUAAGAAGCAUUCUGAACACUUUCCAUGGACAAAAAAUCGUUAUAAUGUGAGUUGUCGACGACACAACUCUUCAGACAGCUUUGACUCUGGUAUUGGAUGUCCCAGUGGAGGUAACUUUGGAAGGAAAGAAAAAAAUGGAUGGCGUACGCAUGGGAGAAAUGGCACUGAAAACAUAAGUCAUUGCGGGGCAUACCAUGGCGGGAGUGCCCGUUCUCGGAGCAGCAUUUUCCAUUCUGGAAAAGGCCAAGGACUGCACGACAACAACACCCCUGACAGUGAGCCAGGGAGGAAGGAAGACAGGAGAGAACGCAGACAGUUUGAGGCUGAGGAUUUUCCGUCUUUAAAUCCUGAACAUGAGAGAGAACCAAAUCAAAAUAGGUCUUUAGCUGCUGGCGUAUGGGAGUACCCUUGGAACCCCACAUCUGGAGCUCCCAAGAUGCUGGUCAUUAAGAAAGGCACGGCCAAGGGCUUGCAGCUGUCCGGGUGCCCCGCCGGAGGGGCUCCCCUGUCCCAGCCAGUGAAGAACGGGACUGGCCCCAGUGUUUAUAAAGGCCUGGUCCCUAAGCCUGCUGCUCUGCCCAUAAAACCUACACAAUGGAAAAGCCAAACUAAAGAAAAUAAAGUUGGGACUUCUUUCUCUCAUGAGUCUACAUAUGGUGUUGGCAACUUCAAUUCUUGUAAAUCAACAGCCAAGAAUUUUAGUCCAUCAACAACGACAGUGAAAGAGUGUAAUCGCUCAAAUUCCUCUUCACCUGUUGACAAACUUAAUCAGCAGCCUCGUCUAACCAAGCUGACACGAAUGCGCACUGAUAAGAAGAGCGAGUUUCUGAAGGCGUUAAAACGGGACAGAGUGGAGGAGGAGCAUGAGGAUGAAAGCCAUGCUGGCUCCGAGAAGGAUGAAGACUCAUUUAAUUUGCGUAACAGCAAUAAUACUCACCAAGACAGAGAUAUAAACCGGAACUUUGAUGAAAAUGAAAUUCCACAAGAGAAUGGCAAUGCCUCGGUUAUUUCCCAGCAGAUCAUUCGGUCCUCAACCUUCCCACCGACGGAUGUUCUUUCAAGUUCCCUUGAGGCAGAACACAGAUUGUUGAAGGAGAUGGGCUGGCAAGAAGACAGUGAAAACGAUGAAACGUGUGCUCCCUUAACUGAGGAUGAAAUGAGAGAAUUCCAAGUUAUUAGUGAACAGUUGCAGAAGAAUGGUCUGAGGAAAAAUGGUAUUUUGAAAAAUGGCCUGAUCUGUGACUUCAAGUUUGGACCCUGGAAAAGCAGCAUUUUCCACCCCACGAUUGAGAACGACGACACGGAGACGAGCAGCAGCGACACGUCCGAUGACGAUGACCUGUGAGGUCCCAGCACCUCCGAGGUCUCGUGCGGCCCGUCCUUGUGCAGCCGGGGGAGUGUCAAGUGAAGAACUAUAAUUUAUGUAGUAAACGCCCCAUUAGAGGAGUUUUGGGGGGACUUCAGUAUGAAGAAAACCAAGAAUGCUGUGUUGAGCUGUGUUGAACAUACUUUCUUUGUACAUGGAUGUUGGAGAAAUGAGGCCUGUGGUGGACCAGCGUGGACUCUGCAUCACCACAGCAUUUCUCUGACUAGUAAUGUGACGAUGUAACAGAUGAGAUGUUCUCAUUUAAUAAUAAAAAUUGUGUAAUGUUUUUCAAA